AGGCAGUGAAGAUGUUGGAGUCGAGGGAGAAGGCGACCCCCGGGAUGUUUGGCGAGCUGCUGCGUAACGCCAGCAUGGGAGACCUACGCAGCUGCCCCAGCCGGUGUGGCCAGCAGCUGCGUAUGGCCCGAGUCCUCCUCAACAGCCCCGAGAUCAUCACCAUCGGUCUGGUCUGGGACUCGGACCACUCGGACCUGGCCGAGGACGUGAUCCACACCCUGGGGACCUGCCUGCGACUCGGAGACCUGUUCUACAGGGUGACGGAGGAGAAGGCGCGCCAGGCGGAGCUCUACCUGGUCGGCAUGGUGUGUUACUACGGGAAACACUACUCCACCUUCUUCUUCCAGACCAAGAUCAGACGCUGGAUGUACUUUGACGACGCACACGUCAAAGAGGUAGGGUCAGGGGUCACACACCGUACAG